AUGUCUUCUCUCUCUCGCCGUGCCUGCUACAAGUGUGGCAACGUUGGCCACUACGCCGAGGUCUGCUCCUCUGCUGAGCGGCUUUGCUACAACUGCAAGCAACCCGGACACGAGUCUAACGGCUGCCCUCUUCCCCGAACCACCGAGGCCAAGCAGUGCUACCACUGCCAGGGUCUCGGCCACGUGCAGGCUGACUGCCCUACCCUCCGCCUUAGCGGUGGCCCUGCUAGCAGCCGGUGCUACAACUGCGGCCAGCCCGGUCACCUUGCCCGCGCCUGCUCCAACGCUCCUGUCGUCAACAUGGGCCGUGGCGCUCCCAUGGGCCGUGGUAACUUCGGCUUUGGACGUGGCGGCGGCUUCCCGGUGGCCCCCGCUCAGGCCAUGAAGUGCUACGCUUGCGGCAAGCUCGGCCACAUCUCCCGGGACUGCACCGCCCCCAACGGCGGACCCCUCAACACCGCUGGCAAGACCUGCUACCAGUGCGGCGAGGCCGGCCACAUCUCGCGCGACUGCCCCCAGAAGAACGCUGGUGGUGAGAUCAACAACGAAGUUGACCUGAAUAACGCUGCUCCCAUUCCCGCUGCCGCCCCUUCGGUCGCUCCGAUUGCCCCCGUCGCUUAG